AUGGCCAGAAUUUCUCCACCGGUGGCCCCUCCACCGCGGACAUUCGCCAGUUUCUUCCAAAAACCUCCUGAGGUUGAGGUGAACGUAGAUUCUCUCAUCAAGCAAGUGAAGUUUGUGAAUGGAACUCCAACUUUGGAGUAUGAAGACGAAGAAUUUGAAAGAUUGGUCGCGCCACAUAGGCUGUGCUUAGUGGGGAAAUUCUCCUAUGGCCGCCCUAAAAUGGAAGAGAUCCACAAUGAAUUUAAGAAAAUUGGCUUUCAAGGUGGGUAUACCUUGGGUCGCAUGAACCCUAGGCAUGUAUUGAUUCGGUUUGAUCAAGAGGAAGAUUACCAAAGAUGUUGGAUUAGAAUAUUUUGGAAUAUUGGUGGAUAUUCAAUGAGGAUAUUGAAGUGGAAACCCGGCUUUAAAUUCCAAGAAUACCCCUCGGUUAUGCCUAUUUGGGUUUCCCUCUAUGAUUUGCCUAUUGAAUUCAUGCAUCCGGAAGUCAUAUUCUCAAUGGAAAUGGCGCUUGGCAAGCCCUUGAAGGUUGAUGCACCUACUUUGAAUAUGACAAGGCCAUCAGUUGCGAGAUUCUGUGUUGAGAUCGAUCUCACUAAGGAGCUUCCAAAGUCAGUGAAGAUAGGGAAAAAAGGGCGCAAACUUUGGCCAGCCCCAAAGAAGAAAGGUCUUAAAUUGGCCACCGCAAAGCCGAAGUGGCUGUUUAAGGGUGAUGGUGAAAAGACCUCGGGUGCUACUGAAUUAGAAGCUGGUGCGCAUGGUAGCGUGUCAGACGGGGAUACUGAUGAUGCUCUGGUUUCGGUUCUAUUCAUUAUAAAGCCUAUGCUUCCUAGUUAUCAGAUUGAUAGUGUUCCGAGGGAUUUGGGUUUUGAAAUGGCUUUUUCUUUGGCAACAAGUAAAAUCUGGGUAUUUUGUAGAAAUGGCUUGUCAUUACGAUUGUUGGAAAGUAGCGAUCAAGUUAUCCACUUUGAGGCUAUGCAUUGUGCGGUUCCAGGGAAGUUUUUACUCUCUGCGGUAUAUGCAAAAUCCACUAGGAAUGCAAGAAGGCUUCUAUGGCAGAAUAUGGUGGACUUUAGAUUGAUGUAUUCAGCUGCUCCUUGGUUGAUUGGAGGUAACUUUAAUGUUAUACGUACUUUGGAUGAGUAUUCUGGGAACUCUGUUCAAGACCCAGUGGCGACAACUGAAUUUAACGAGUGCAUUCUUGAAUGUGAUCUUUUGGAAUUGCCGGGUGUAGGAGAGAACAACUUUGCAGAAUGGAGUGAUUGCCCUAUGCUUCAUAAGUUUGAUGUCAAUAUUGAAAGCAAGCCAAAGAUCUUUCGCUUUCAAAAAAUGUGGCUGAGAAGAUCUGAUUUUAAGGAGAUAGUGAAGGAGAGUUGGGAGCAGCCAUUGGGGGUUUCGGGUAUGCUUGGGUUUGCUUUAAAACUUAAGCGUUUGAAGGAGAAGUUGAAAGUUUGGAAUAAGAAGACCUUUGGGGACAUUUUUGCCAACUUGAGAGAUGCUGGAAAUAAAGUUCAAGAGCUGGAAAAUGCUUUUGAUACCUCUGGCCAAGAACAAGAUAGAGUGAGCUUGCAUGUUGCCAAAGCGGACAACAUAAAUGACUUCCUUGCGACGCACAUCCAAGAAUUUUUGGAUGAUAAUGGGAAUAAUGAUGAUUUGCUGGUAUGGAAGCAUACUUCUAUUGGAGAUCUUACCGUGAAAUUGGCUUAUGAUGUGAUCCGGCCAAGGAGGCAAUCGGAAGGAUGGGCGCGUACUGUUUGGAAUCCUUUUACUCCUUUGCGAGUUUCAAUUUUCUUAUGGAAGUUGUGCAAUAGAUUAGUGCCAUUUCCGGAGGUGCUAGACCAAAUGGGCAUUAAUGUGUAUCCAGCAAUUUGUCUUGUUUGUAGGAAUGGUGGGGAUGGUCUUUUCCACUGCUUCUAUGGGUCCUAUUGCAGGGUAGUGGAAGUGAAGUGGAUUCCUCCCCCGGUAAAUUCUUUUAGCCUUAACACUGAUGGUUCUUCAAGUCGGAAUGAGGCAGGUUAUGGGUUUGUAAUCAGAGGCACAGGGGGCUCUUUUAUUUAUGGGGAGAAUGGCUAUCUUGGUGAUGGCGAUAGUUUCAUGGCAGAGGUGUACGGGGUACUAUUCGGUCUCCGCAAAUGUGAGCAGCUUGGUUUAUCAAAUGUUGUUGUUCGGACGGAUAAUAAAUCAUUGGCGGAUUCUUUAGAAAGGGGCUCUAUUUUUCCAUGGAAAUAUUUGUUGCAAGAGAUAUAUGCAUCUUUGCAAAGGAACGCUUUGACUAUCACUUAUAUAUACAGGGAAGAUAAUGCAGUCGCGGAUAUGAUAGCGAAAAAGGCAUCUUCCGGCUCUUCUGGUGUUUACACUUCUUUAGAUGCUUUGCCGAAAUAUGUAAAAGGAUUAUUGAUCCUUGAUCAAUCAUCCUUCCCAUACUUUAGAUCUCGAAUCUUGUGA